AUAUUUCCCAUGCCUUGCUUUGUAUAAAGUGCCCAGCCAGAUAUUGGAAAUUUCAUAGGUCAAGGACUCGUAGCUACUCAUUCUGUUUCCCUAUUUCUUAGCGUUACUUGCAACAUGACUGGUCUUUCCCCACUCCCCUCCACUCCUACAACCCCACGAAGGUUAGAAGGCAAAGUGGCAAUCGUCACGGGCGGCGCUAGCGGCAUCGGCAAGGCCACCGCGAGGCUGUUCGUCCGCCACGGCGCCAAGGUCAUCAUCGCCGACGUCCAAGACGAACUCGGCCGCUCCCUUUGCACCAAACUCGGCCCCAACGACGUCGUUUCCUUCGUCCACUGCGACGUCACCAGCGACUCCGAUGUCCAGAACCUCGUGGAAACCGCGGUUUCCAAGUACGGGAAGCUCGACAUCAUGUUCAACAACGCCGGCAUCAGCGGAAACACAGACGGUACUAUUCUCGGCAGCGAUAACGCGAAUUUCAAGAAAGUGUUCGACGUGAACGUGUACGGGGCUUUCUUGGGCGCCAAGCACGCCGCAAGGGUCAUGAUCCAGGCAAAGAAGGGCGUGGUUCUGUUCACGUCGAGCCUGGCGUCGGUGGUCGCCGGAGGGAUGCCGCACGCGUACACGGCGUCGAAACAUGCGGUGGUGGGGCUGACGAGGACCUUGUGCGUGGAGCUGGCGCAGUACGGGAUAAGAGUGAACUGCAUUUCCCCAUAUGCCAUUGCGACGCCGAUGCUGACGGGUGCGGUAGGGUUGGAGAAGAGGGUGAUGGAGGAAGUGGCCUCCGCGGCUGCCGUUUUGAAAGGAGUGGUGCCGGAGGCGGAUGACAUAGCGGAGGCUGCUGUGUAUUUGGCCAGCGACGAGUCCAAGUACGUGAGUGGGCUGAACCUUAUUGUGGAUGGAGGUUACAGCACAACCAAUCAAGCCUUCUCUAUAGCCUUUAAAAAUAUUAUUUCUUAACUUAUAUGCAUGAAAUGAGAUAGAUAUCCAAAACCAAGAAAAGUGCUUCUAAUGAACUAUUUUAUAGUGAUACUAUUUAAGGUUUGCUCUUAAAUAAGUGCUUCUCUAUGUGUCAAAAGGCGCUUAAAUAUAAUUUAUAUUUGUGUCA